CUAGACGGUGUCGCUUCGUGCUUCUAACGGAGUAGCGAAACUUCGACUCUUCCUCUGCAUUAUAUCAUUUCUGUCCUGAAGCCACAGAUCUUCCUCUCCCUGUGCAUCUGUGGACAAUGGAUUUUCAUAUACGCAGCGUUUUGCAUCUGUUUAUCGUCUCUUCUCUUAUCUGCUCACUAGCUGGGGCUGAAACCAGUGGUUCAGUUUUCUUCAUCGAUGGCCAAAAUCGUCAAUACCUUCGUACUCCCUCAACAAACGAUGUCGGUCAGUCUCACUCAAUGUCCCCUCUGGAACUGGGUGCUGCUGUGUCUGUCUUGCUUGGUUUUGCACCACCUGCCACACUUUCAGCUGCUGGUUCAUCUAAGUUGAAUGAAGUUCUCUUGCCCAAUCCGUUUGAUAGGCCUCACACUGUUUUCAUGCUCGAAGUCACAGGAGUCGAUGACCUGGUCGCUCCACAAAAUGGCAUGUUCAGUGAGGCCUUUAGAAGCAAGGUUAUUCUUAAUUCAGAUGAAGCUCAGAUUGAACUGCCAGAUGAAGAAGUCUCUGUGUUCUCAUUAGACGAAACGUUAGCAGAUUUGAAUGACGAGGAACUAAGUGGUUUGGCAUCUUGGUUGGGUGGAUCAUAUACUAUUGAUGCUCUGGAACCAAUGAAUGGAAAGUUGAUCGUCCCUGUGGCUAGUGGUACCAAUAUGAAUCUUUAUGUGUCAAAGAAAGCUGACAAGGAAUUCAUGGCAAGUCUCUUGGCUUUGUUCCACAAUAGCAGAAGAGCAAUAGAAAUGCAUGAAGAUCUGUCACAGGCUACUCAAGGACCAGCACAGUUGAUUGUGGGUCGUUUUGAUGGCAUUAAGGCCUUGCAAGAGCAAUAUGGACAUGAAGUUGUGCAGCAAGGACUGGAUGUGUUGCUUGCAACCUUGUCUAAAAUGCUUGAUUCAUUCCAAGCAGCAUACAGAGGUCAAAUAGUUGGAGUGAUUGUCUGUAAUGAGAUAUCUUCUCCGCAAUCAGGAACAAUAUUGGAUUUGGUGUCGACUUCACGGCCAUCUGCACGGUGGUUGGCUGAGAAAGUAGGAUCAAAUGCAACUAAUGCAACAACCAUUGCCGAAGUAGCAUUGGUUAGAAAGACCCUAGCUUGGGUUACUGGAAUUAUUCUUCUCAUUUCGACUCUAUUAGGGAUAUACUUGCUGCUCAAUAUGCCACUCACCAGAGACACGCUACUCUACUCUAAUGUCAAACUUGACUAAUUUGAAAGGUAGUUGAUGAAUCUUUUUGCUGCUAGAAGUGUUGCGAGAUGGCAUUAGGCCUUUCAUGAAGAAGUUAUUUGUAGAUUUCUUAUUAUCCUUGGCUGUUUACUUUGUGAAACCCGUCCCCUUUUAUUGUGUGGUAUUGAGUGGGUUGCCCUGGCCAAUCAGGUGUCUCUUUUUAAGCAUGGUUAGCUGGUGCUUACUGCUUAGCCAAGAAAAUACAAGAAAGUUACUUCUUGAUGUAAGGUCAUUUUGGGUCAUGGGGAAUUCAGAUGUGUAAUAAGAUUAUGCACCACAUGUUCAGUUGGUGGUUAGAUUGUCAAAUUGAAUAAUUUGUUUCAAUUAUGAUAUUGAUAUGCAAUUUUUUGCUGUUUGCGAUA